UCGCAGUCGACCGAACAGGUCGCAUACCCGGCGAGCGCCCGUCCCGUCCAUCGCACCGAACCCGUGCCUUGUGUCCGAGUGUCCGCACCCGCUGUAUCGCCGUACCUCGAGACACCGUAACCCGGAGGCGAGGCUUAGCAGUGGUCGGCCAUUGCCGCUCAAAAAGACAGACGACGUCAAAGAAAGAAAAAUCUACGAGGAAAGCAGCAGCGGCAGCAGACGACACAAUGGACAUAAUUUCCAGAAUCCUGCGGUACCUGUUCUGGAGGGCUCCCGCACCGCCCAACAGGCUGCGUGAGAUCCUUCUCAACUUCUCGGUGGAGCUGCACAAGCAGCAGCUUGCCGAGCAGGACGCCCUCUUUCGGGACAACGUGCUCAGCGCCCCGUUCGCCAUCGCGCUGGCGCUCGCGGCCACACACGCCGGAAGCGGGAAAGCCACUGCGGCGCAAAUAGCCAAGGCCCUCCACCUGCCCGAAGAGCUCAUCGAAGAGGUGCGCCAAGAGUUCACGGACAUGACGCUGCGGCUGGCCGACUGCGGGCCGGACUUUCGCAUCCACCUCGCGAACGCCAUCUUCGCCGACCGCAGCUACGACGUGCCGAACGACUACUGCGACCUGGUGGAGACCGCGUACGACGGCGCCGUCAAGCAGGUCGACUUCCGGAGCGACCCCAACGCGGCCCGCGCGGUCAUCAACUCCUGGGUCGAGGAGAAGACCAAGUGCAAGGUCACCGACAUCCUUCAGUCAGGCAAGGUGGACUCGCGCACCUCGCUACUCCUCGUGAACGCCAUGUACUUCACGGGCUUCUGGGACUCGCACUUCAACCCGCAGUACACGGCGCUGCGCCCGUUCCACGAGACCAAUGACAAGACCACCAUGGUCGAGAUGAUGUACCAGCGAAAGAACUACAAGACCAGCUGCUGCGACAAGCUAGAGGUUGACGCCCUCGAGAUGCCGUUCGUGGGCAAGAAGCUCUCCAUGGUAAUCCUGCGGCCGCAAAAGGUCGACGGCCUCGACCGCCUCGAGAAGAAGCUGACCCCGGCCCUGCUGGAGAACCUGCUCAAGUCGCUCGGCGAGGACCACGACGUCGAGAUCUACCUGCCCAAGUUCAAGCUCGAGCACAGCUCCAGCUUCCGAGGUACCCUGGAGACGCUGGGCAUUCAGGACCUCUUCACGGACCGUGCUGACCUCGAAGGGAUCAGCAAGACCGCCGGGCUCAGGGUGACCGGCGUCGAGCACAAGGCGGUCGUCGAAGUGGACGAAGAUGGCGUCGAGGGCCUCUUCCUGACUCCACUCAUCAUGAUGUGUUACGCGGGCGUCAGCUUCAACUACAACGUGAACCGGCCUUUCAUGUUCCUCAUCCGUAGCUGUGAUCCGGACGUGAUUCUGUACAUCGGAUCUGUUCGACGUUUCUAGAUGAUGACGGUCCUGUCGUUCUUUGAUGUGCCGUACAGUGAUUCCUGCGCGUGCGUAUCUCUGGUGGUUCGUGGAUUUUAUUGCGCGUAUUACGCCACGUACUGGGAUUGGUGGACCGAAGGAGAGACUGUGAUGCAGGGUGUGACGUAACGGUGGUGCUACAGAUGCUUUCAUCGGUGCUGACGUCACCGUCGUCAUCGCAUCUUGUCACAGUUGUGACAAGAAGCCAUCCAUAGCUUUCAAGUUCGCAUCACUAUGCAACGCAAACGAAGACACAUAGCCAGUGGUGCCACCGUUCUGGAGCCAGCUUCAACGCUACUUCUAUAGGCAAACGAUGGGAAGAGAACACGUCUUUACACACAGGGUCGGCGCGUCCGCAGCUCCGAUACAAAACAGCAAGCGUGCGUAGUGACUUUAAUAAGAAAUAUAGCGGCUGCGUGUCGCUAGAUCUGGGAAGUGAACAAAAUGGAUUACCUUUGUGGAGAACCCAGUCCGAAGUGUUCCCAGUGCAUGACUGCACAGUUGCGAUGAUGUUAACACGGUUAUUGCUGUGCCGUUGGCAGCAGUAGACUUACGGAUUUGUACAUUUUAUAUACCGUUUGUUCGCACUUAAUGAAAACUCGGGCAACUGUUUCGUGCACAGGAAAUUUGAACUGUUAUAUAUUUCUUUUUUACAAAAAAUAUACUUUAUACGAUUGUGCACUUGUAUGUUUCAUAAAUGCAAAUGACAAUUA